AUGCUCAAGCAGGAGCUUGGAAAGGAAGCCCUUCAACGCGAAAUCGACAAGAACAUAAAGGCUUACGAGGAGGCACGAGAAAAAGCAGAUGCCGUCAAAGAACUUAGACUUGCAAAGCGUGAGAAGCUACGCCGACAACUGCAGCGACGGAGCCGUACAGUCGUCCCUGAUAGUGACAGCAGCGACGACGAGCGCUUGGCCUCAAGACGAGCAGCAUCUUCUUUGUUUGUAGGGGAUUGCAGGCCAUCCAUCUCGCCUUCGAGAGUAAACAAGCCCGCACCCACACGACAAUCUCCUGUCGAGCGUAGACCACCUCUACAGCAGUCUUCCUCUGAAGAGGAUACUCCUUCAGAUUCAGAGAAGCUCAAUGAUGUGCCAUUGAGCGGAGAGCGGAGAAAGGAAGCUCCAUCUGAUGAACGUCGGAGCGCAGUCGAAAAGUCGAAGGACAGCCCCAGGCUGCCAACGAAGAAGCUGGGGGUUGUUGCACCCGCUACGAAGCUGAAGGCAUCGUUGGGCCGCGAGAAGCUGAAGCAGCAUUCGAAGUCAUCCACGAUAUCUACAGAGGGUCACGUCGUGACUGGAAGAUCUCUCACCUCCAAAACUACAAACGGCGCGCCCUCCAAAACGACCGUGAAUCGUGCUAUCAGAACUGCACCGCCAAAGCAGACUUCGCGCGCGAUCAAUUUCAUCGAUCAGCCUUUGGAGAAACAAAGGAGGGAGUUUUCGACCUCACAGCAGUACCGCAAACUAAAGUACAGAGGUCUUGCAAAUAAAAAAUCUCGUACUGAGGGCAUACCUGACUUCAGCGCACUUACCUUUAUGAAUGGACCGCCUCCUACGUUACCAAGAGCGGUAGCGUCACGACCAACUGACAAUCUUUACGGACGCCGUGAGACAGCAGGCCGUCGCAUUCAAGACACAGAUCAAGACGACCAACGACGUCGCGGGCUUACAGACGAGCCAACCCCUCUCGCGGAUUGGGAGAUCCAUAAGGUGCCAAUGAUUUGCUUUCAUUGGUACAGUUCAACAUGUCCUUAUGGCCAACAGGACUGUAAAUUCAUGCAUCGAACGGUCGACCCACAAGGAAAACCAUAUAUGAUGGGUGAUUACGAAGGACGAGUACCCCAAAAGUACCGAAGACCGCCUAUCACAUGCUCGUUCUGGUACCAUGGACGGCGCUGUAAGAAAACUGCAGAACAGUGUUUGUAUGCACACGAAGACACAGGGUGGGCAGAGCUCAAUGGAGCCCCAGUCCGAUUCGAACAUAUGCCUCCCGAGUCGGCUGUUCCAGCCGCGCGAGAUGGCCCAUCCUGGCUCAUGCCCAAGCAUCAAGAUCCCCCUAUCACAUGUUUGUUCUGGCUGAGAGAUCCUCGCGGAUGCAAUAAGUCGGAGGGAGAUUGCAAAUACGCUCACUGGAAUACCGGUUGGGCGCAUCCGAAGUCGGACCCCAAGGUCCCAGCAGAACGAAUAAGCCCUGAACAGUUGCCACGUGACCAGUCCCACAGAAGUUCACUCGAUACCUCAAAGCCUGCAUCUCAGAACGUUGCACCAAUCGACAACAAGUCGCUAACAUGUUACUUCUGGCUAAAUGGUCCAGGGGGUUGCGCAAAAUCUGCGGCAAACUGCAGCUUCGCACACAAUAACACUGGAUGGAUCAAGCCUUUUGGGCAAGGGAACCAUCCGAAGCCCGAGCGCAUCGAUCCAAGAAGGAUGCCUCAAUUCCGUAAAUAUGACCCAACAGAGGCAUCUCAGAUCCAGAAGGGCCUAAGUAAACCCUCUACACAAACGGUGUCCUCACGUUCCGUCGACGACAACCACGACCGCUCGCCCACAGAUAUAUCAAGCGAUGUGGUUCAGGUUUUCGAUCGGCAACACGUGCGCAGCCCACUUGCGUUGCAGGUUGCCUCACACGAAGAGACAGCGACCGCUAUAACACCAUCAUCUCAGCUCAGAAGCAGAAUCGAGAGGUUUUGGAAUCUAGACAUUGUUGAGAUGUUCAACUCCGGUGUACCAGGCGAUAACAGUACGCUGGAGAGACAUGCAAUGAUGCUGUACCACCCCGAGGAACAUGAAGAAGAAAUCGAGCUGAUUACGCGUUGGCUAUUGAUGCAUGGUGUCAAAGUCGCUAACCUUUGGUAUGACGGGGCAUGGGGUCAGUUUCGAGAAGAUGUGGCUGAGUACAAGUCUGGCGUCAUAAUUGUGCAUCCAGAUUUCGACCACUACAUCGACCUUCCUGGUUUUGGUGACGUGCUCAAGGAGCGGGUACGUGUGUGGUCUGUUGGACUGCAACCACCAGCUUCGUUCGACAAUGGUGUUGAUCAAACUCCACCUGAGCUGCAACAUGAUCGCAUCGGCGUAUUCCCUCAUGGUGGCUUCAUUUACAUCACCGACGAUGUCUUCGAGAAAGAGCCGCAGCUAGCACUACGUAUCACCAAGCUCUUCUUCGCCAAAAUCGAGCAGUUGCGCAGCCGGGAUGGACCUGUCUCGUGGUGGCAAGAGGUAGAUGACGCGUGCUUACUAUGGCGACUUUGCGUUCGCCCUGAAUUGAUGGAGUAUCUGUACGAAGCAUGUGCAGAGAAUGCGGAAGAGCUAGCAGCGGGAAAUCCUGACCAUCUAUGGCGAGUUUAUUCGAAUCCUCUGGUACCUGUUGCCUUUGCUGACUGUUCUUAUAGUCGCUUCGAGCUGUAUCAGCUGCUCACCUCAACAAACUACAUUGAGCAAGAUCACCCUGCCGAACCGCUCAGCCCUGUCCAAGACAAAUACCCCAUACUCUCCGAACGUCGUGAGAUAGCCGAAGACCCAACCCUCGACUAUUUCAACCGCCGAGCUCAUAGCCGGGAAGACGCAAACACCCACAUGAUUGGAUACUAUGCAGCUAUGCAGGCUACCGACAUGCGACGCGCCUACCGCCAGUUUUACGUUGUGCAUACGGAACCUGAAGCGGCGUGCGCGCAGCAGUGGAAGGCGAGCAUACACAACAUCGCUGAUGUCAUAACGCCAGAGCAGUGUUGCAACGAAUUUAGCAAAGCAAGCAAAGACAGCUUGUUUGACUUCCUGGACUGGGCCAUGGGACCAAAGGAGGGUACUGAGCAGGAUGGGCUUGAAGAGGGGGAAUUGGGCGAUGCGCCUAUGGAGUUUUCGCCUACGAAAGAGAUACAUGAAGUUGAGCACACGGCCUACUAG